AUGUCCAUGGCGUUGGAAAAAACUCAGUCAUUUUCUCUCGACAGCGGACACUAUACAGCCCUGGCCUUCGUCCUCGCCGUCUGCAUCCCACAGGUCCCCCAUGGGACUGCAAUCCGCUAUGGAGUAUUCCUUCUCCAGAUCACUUGCGCAGCACUGGCAUUUCUUGCUCCCCCACCUCCAGUUAUAGACCGGGCCUUCCUCUACUCGUCGGGUGUGCUCAUGGGCAACCUGCUGUUUCGCUACUUUGACCGACUUUACACGACCGUCCCCGAGAAGACAUUCCACCGUGUCAUCAAGCAUCAAAUCCCCGAAGACGCAGCCAGGCUUUCAGUAUCUGAGCGUCUUGUCUGGGCGCUGGAACUUUUCAGCGUUACCCGUGGGAUCGGCUGGAAUUGGCGCGUCGGCGGCAUUCCCAAGUCUCCAACGCCAACAACCAGGGGUCAAUUCGCCGCAUCCCAACUCAUCAGAUGGAUUGCCAUGUACACGGGUCUGCACCUCGUCAACGUGAGCUGUCAGCUCGUCUUGUCAAACCAGAAACCCACCACCUCAUUCGCCGAACAUUUGCAAACAUACGCCCUCAUAGUAGGUGGCUGCGUCAUCACAAUAUACAGCCAUUUCGCUAUUGUCAUACUUCCGCUCUCAGCUCUCUGUGUCGGUCUCCAAAUUGGUCCUCACUCCUGGCAGGAUGCUUCCUCAUGGCCACCUAACUUCGCUGAUAUUCGCGAAGCAUACAGCAUUCGCCGCUUCUGGGGAUACACCUGGCACCAGCAACUGCGACGACAGGCAGGUGCGCCCGGUGCAUAUAUCCUCGGCUUGCUGCCAGAUAGUGUAAGGAUGUCUAAACGGACUUCGAUUCGACUGGGGAGACGGUACUGGCUUCUCUUGAUGAGCUUCGUCGUUUCGGGAUUGAUUCAUGGGUGUGGGACCUACCAAGUGACACGAGCAUUUGGCCUGCCAUUCUCUGAUGGUGGGGAACUACAAUAUUUUAUGUUACAGGGAGUGGCCAUCAUGGCUGAGGAUUUGUGUUGUUGGGGUUUGGGUAUUGAUGAUCGGGGAGCAAAGCCUAGGUGGAUGCGGCGGUGGGUAGGAUAUGCGACCACGUUGUCUUGGUAUGUUUGGAGUCGCGUGUACUUGAAGGGCGUACCGGUGGCGCUGGCGAUGGGUAUUCACCAUGAGGCAGGGGACUUAUUCGCUGCGUUGGAACUGGUUCAACAGUCUGCUGCAGCGGUGCCGGGGAAUUUCGUGGCGAGGGCAUGGGAGUUGAUACGGUGA